AGCUGAUACUGGAAGCCGUAUACUAACCGAAACGAGAGACAAAAGGAGCCAAUGGGAAGACAACUUCUGGAAAACAACACAGAAAUUCUUUGUGGAUAUUGAUGAAAAACAAUUUCAUCAAUGCAUUCUCUCAGAUGCAUUCUCUACAUAUCUACAAGCAUCUAAGCUGGAAGACUACCAAACGUCCAGUGUGUUUACUCGACCUCAAAUGUGGAAAUUUGAGCAAAAACUCAGCAUUCAACUCGUGACUCAUCUAGUUGAACAGGACAAUGGAAAGGAAAACUACCCCGUCCUCCUGAAACUUCUCAGAAAGCAUGGCCAUAUACAGAAAAUACAAUAUUUGCCACAGAUCCUGAAUUUACAACAAAAACUGGUCAGUUUCUUCCAAUACAAAGACUUACAAAAAUGGAGAGAGGUGUCCAUUGAAGAGUUCAGAAAGAGCCUGGAUGAAGAUGAAGCACCAGUCUUUUUGGAACAUGUCAGGAUCCUGCUGAAGAUUUGGGACUAUUUGCAGGAGAGUCAUGAGAGGAUUCCAAACCUGAAACACAGAAACACAAAAAAUCUGAAUAUUAUUGAUCUCUUGCCCAGUGAUCAGUCCAUAACCCACUGGAUUUUGGAGUUCCUUAUCAAAACACAGAAUGACUGUAUCUCAAGUGCUCAAACUCAGGGAAAUGGAGAAAUCAAAACUGAGGAAAUUAAGCCUUUUCAUUUAAUUAUCUGCAAUCCUGAGGAAGAUUUCCUUCAAAUUGCAAUAUCAAACACUGACUAUGCAUUCAAUGAAGAUGGAACCCAGAACACAAAUUAUAACUUUAAGACCUUGGAGAAUUUGUUGGUGAAGCGUUUCAUCGUUGACAAACCAUGUAUUAACUUAACAACUAUUCCAUCAUUUGACUUAAAUCCUGUGAAAGGAAUGCAUUUGUUCUUCCAAAACUCAAAAGACAACUUGGAGCCACUGAACACAGAUAACAAGAAUUACAUAAUGAAUGAAUUCAAAAACCUUGAUGAGAUUUCUGAGGCACUUUCCACUCUGAAAAUCGCCAUUGGGUUUCUGGAGUUGUCAUUUGGAGAUCCAGACAUGCCGCUGGUGGACUAUAUGAAGAAGGAACUGAGAAUGGAGGACGGAGCGCGGCGUUUAAGUCUGCCGGUUCUGCAGUCGAGCAGAGUGAAGCAUAUCCAAUCCCUCUGGGAAGUUCUGUCAACACGGAGGUCCACGAUCCUUGUUAAGAUGAAACAGAACCCAUUUUACAUGAUGGAUAAACAGUUUCACAAUCGCUUCACCGAGAAAGACAUGAAUGAACUGGCAUCUCAGUUGUCAACAUUUAGAAACAUUGAUUUGUUUAUCACUGAACUUCAUGAUAUGAUAAUGAACAUGGAGAUGAAUGAAAUGAAACCAGAUUGGAAUAUCAUGGAGACAUUUACAGCUUUCUUGGAGAGGAAGGAGAUGGACGAUGAGUGCAUUGAGAACCUGCUGAAUCCCCUCAGAGAACUUGGAGACUUGAAGAUGGGAAACAUCAUAGCUCUGUGGAAACUAGUAGUGGAGAGAAGAACAGCAUAAAGCGCACCAGCAAUCAGAGUGUGUGUAAUAUGAUUAGUUUUCACUUAUAAAUAUAGGAAUGCCCCCUACUGUAAACCUGAAACUUACAUUUAAUGAUCAUUGUAUUACAGAGAAGAUCAAACCAAUCGCAGUGCUGUGUUUGCAGGAUAAACGUUCUCCAUUGAUCUUGUUCAAAGUGAAAUAAUUACUGUGUGGCAAGUAGCAAACAAGGUCUUUCACAAGAAGCUUUAUUUUUUGUUUGCCUUACCUUUGAAUGCUUGCUUUGAAUGAAUGUUUCUAGAAGGUAACAUUUUAUAUGUGAUCUUGCUAUCAUUAAUAUACAUAUAUUAUGAUUAUAAGUCAUAUUAAUCAGAAUACAUAUUUUGACUUGCUUUACUUCGCUGUUGAUAUUGAUUACAUUUUUAUGUAUUACUUGGCCCUUGACGCAUGAACUUGCUCAUUGUGUCAUUUUAGCUUGCAUUUAUCCUUUCUUAAAACAGUAAAACAAUACAGUAAAACUCUUUAUUUGGCAGUUAUUUUAUGAGUUUACAUACUUCUCUCUGCUUUUGAUACUCUCCUCUUUUUGUUAGACCUUCCAAGUAUUUCAGAAAUAAAAUUGAUCUUUCAAAA